AUGGCGUAUCAUCAUAUGACGCUACUGAUAAAUGCUGAUCCGACCGUUUUGAAGCGCUCCCUCUCAUCACCUUUCAGUGAUAAAAUAAUUACAAACGCAACACGGAGCGUCCGAGCACCGUCACUGGGUUAUUUGGCUCAAGAAGUGCCUGAUAUUAGCGUGGAAGAAGUGAUGGAUAUUUUGAUGAAAUCUUUUAAAAAGCAGUACCUGGACACAAAAGUGCUGGUGCUGUCGGAAAAUUUGACUGAUGAUGCUCAAUUCCCGGGUUUGCUGGAAUGUGAGCGGGAACUCCGAAGCUGGGAUUGGAUUUAUGGUCGUACGCCACAGUUCACAUUGCCAUUGUACAGCGAUCGGAUACGAGUGGAACAGGGAAUCGUUACGGAAAGCGCAGAAAAUCCGAAACUGAUUGGAAACCGAUUACCACAGGACCUGUUCCAGGCCUAUCUAGGUUUCAGCGUUGAACCUCUGCUAGGAAUUGAUCUGGCCAAGCAAUUGGCCCACUGGAAAGCAUAUCUCCGUGAAACUCCAACAGGCUACGAUCCAAAAAUCGUAGCUCUGCAAGCAACCGUAGUAACUGCUUUUUUUGGUGCUUUAUUAUAUCCUCUUAUCGCGUAUUUCACCGGAGAUAGUAGCGUUGUAAGCGAAAAGAAACGAGCAGUUUAG